GGCGCCCGUGGGAGCCGGGUUUCCACUGCCCUCGCCCUCCGUCCCUCCUCCCGCCCAACCUGGGCAGCUGGCCGCUCCCCGCCCAACUUGGACGCGACUUCAGCGACCCCUUUGCUUUUACUCUGUCCAAAGUUAAAAUGUCACUGAAAAACGAGCCACGGGUAAAUACCUCUGCACUGCAGAAAAUUGCUGCUGACAUGAGUAAUAUCAUAGAAAAUCUGGACACGCGGGAACUCCACUUUGAGGGAGAGGAGGUAGAAUACGACGUGUCUCCCAGCGAUCCCAAGAUACAGGAAGUGUAUAUCCCUUUCUCUGCUAUUUAUAACACUCAAGGAUUUAAAGAGCCUAAUAUACAGACGUAUCUCUCCGGCUGUCCAAUAAAAGCACAAGUUCUGGACGUGGAACGCUUCACAUCUACAACAAGGGUACCAAGUAUUAAUCUUUACACUAUUGAAUUAACACAUGGGGAAUUUAAAUGGCAAGUUAAGAGGAAAUUCAAGCACUUUCAAGAAUUUCACAGAGAGCUGCUCAAGUACAAAGCCUUUAUCCGAAUCCCCAUUCCCACUAGAAGACACACAUUUAGGAGGCAAAACGUCAGAGAGGAGCCUCGAGAGAUGCCCAGUUUGCCCCGUUCAUCUGAAAACAUGAUAAGAGAAGAACAAUUCCUUGGUAGAAGAAAACAACUGGAAGAUUACUUGACAAAGAUACUAAAAAUGCCCAUGUAUAGAAACUAUCAUGCCACAACAGAGUUUCUUGAUAUAAGCCAGCUAUCUUUCAUACAUGAUUUGGGACCAAAGGGCAUAGAAGGUAUGAUAAUGAAAAGAUCUGGAGGACACAGAAUACCAGGCUUGAAUUGCUGUGGUCAGGGAAGAGCCUGCUACAGAUGGUCAAAAAGAUGGUUAAUAGUGAAAGAUUCCUUUUUAUUGUAUAUGAAACCAGACAGCGGUGCCAUUGCCUUCGUCCUGCUGGUAGACAAAGAAUUCAAAAUUAAGGUGGGGAAGAAGGAGACAGAAACGAAAUAUGGAAUCCGAAUUGAUAAUCUUUCAAGGACACUUAUUUUAAAAUGCAACAGCUAUAGACAUGCUCGGUGGUGGGGAGGGGCUAUAGAAGAAUUCAUCCAGAAACACGGCACCAACUUUCUCAAAGAUCAUCGAUUUGGGUCAUAUGCUGCUGUCCAGGAGAAUGCUUUAGCUAAAUGGUAUGUUAAUGCCAAAGGAUAUUUUGAAGAUGUGGCAAAUGCAAUGGAAGAGGCAAAUGAAGAGAUUUUCAUCACAGAUUGGUGGCUGAGUCCAGAAAUCUUCCUGAAACGCCCAGUGGUUGAGGGAAAUCGUUGGAGGUUGGACUGCAUUCUUAAACGAAAAGCACAACAAGGAGUGAGGAUCUUCAUAAUGCUCUACAAAGAGGUGGAACUCGCUCUUGGCAUCAACAGUGAAUACACCAAGAGGACUUUGAUGCGCCUACAUCCCAACAUUAAGGUGAUGAGACACCCGGAUCAUGUGUCAUCCACCGUCUAUUUGUGGGCUCACCACGAGAAGCUUGUCAUCAUUGACCAAUCGGUGGCCUUUGUGGGAGGGAUUGACUUGGCCUAUGGAAGGUGGGACGACAACGAGCACAGACUCACAGAUGUCGGCAGUGUGAAGCGGGUCACUUCAGGACCAUCUCUGGGUUCCCUCCCACCUGCCACAACAGAGUCUAUGGAAUCCUUAAGACUCAAAGAUAAAAAUGAGCCUGAUCAAAACCUACCCAUCCAGAAGAGUGUUGAUGAUGUGGAUUCAAAACUGAAAGGAAUAGGAAAGCCAAGAAAGUUCUCCAAAUUUAGUCUCUACAAGCAGCUCCACAGGCACCACCUGCACAACGGAGAUAGCAUCAGCAGCAUUGACAGCAGCUCCAGUUAUUUUAAUCAUUAUAGAAGUCAUCACAAUUUAAUCCAUGGUUUAAAACCCCACUUCAAACUCUUUCGCCCGUCCAGUGAGUCUGAGCAAGGACUCACUAGACCUAAUGCUGAUACGGGGUCCAUCCGCAGUUUACAGACAGGUGUGGGAGAGCUGCAUGGGGAAACCAGAUUCUGGCAUGGAAAGGACUACUGCAAUUUCGUCUUCAAAGACUGGGUUCAACUUGAUAAACCUUUUGCUGAUUUCAUUGACAGGUACUCCAUGCCCCGGAUGCCCUGGCAUGACAUUGCCUCUGCAGUCCACGGGAAGGCAGCUCGUGAUGUGGCACGUCACUUCAUCCAGCGCUGGAACUUCACGAAAAUUAUGAAAUCAAAAUAUCGGUCCCUUUCUUAUCCUUUUCUGCUUCCAAAGUCUCAAACAACAGCCCAUGAGUUGAGAUAUCAAGUGCCUGGGUCUGUCCGUGCUAACGUACAGUUGCUCCGCUCUGCUGCCGAUUGGUCUGCUGGUAUAAAGUACCAUGAAGAGUCCAUCCAUGCCGCUUACAUCCAUGUGAUAGAGAACAGCAGGCACUAUAUCUAUAUUGAAAACCAGUUUUUCAUAAGCUGUGCUGAUGACAAAGUUGUGUUCAACAAGAUAGGCGAUGCCAUUGCCCAGAGGAUCCUGAAAGCUCACAGGGAAAACCAGAAAUACCGGGUAUAUGUCGUGAUACCGCUUCUGCCAGGGUUCGAAGGAGACAUUUCAACCGGCGGAGGAAAUGCUCUACAGGCAAUCAUGCACUUCAACUACAGAACCAUGUGCAGAGGAGAAAAUUCCAUCCUUGGACAGUUAAAAGCAGAGCUUGGUAAUCAGUGGAUAAAUUACAUAUCAUUCUGUGGUCUUAGAACACAUGCAGAGCUCGAAGGAAACCUAGUCACUGAGCUUAUCUAUGUCCACAGCAAGUUGUUAAUUGCUGAUGAUAACACUGUUAUUAUUGGCUCUGCCAACAUAAAUGACCGCAGCAUGCUGGGAAAGCGUGACAGUGAAAUGGCUGUCAUUGUGCAAGAUACAGAGACUGUUCCUUCAUUAAUGGAUGGAGAAGAGUACCAGGCUGGCCGGUUUGCCCAAGGACUUCGGCUACAGUGCUUUAGGGUGGUGCUUGGCUAUCUUGAUGACCCAGGUGAGGACAUUCAGGAUCCAGUGAGUGACAAAUUCUUCAAGGAGGUGUGGGUUUCAACUGCGGCUCGAAAUGCUACAAUUUAUGACAAGGUGUUCCGGUGCCUUCCCAAUGAUGAAGUACAUAAUUUAAUUCAGCUGAGAGACUUUAUAAACAAGCCCAUAUUAGCUAAGGAAGAUCCCAUUCGAGCUGAGGAGGAACUGAAGAAGAUCCGUGGAUUUUUGGUGCAAUUCCCCUUUUAUUUCUUGUCUGAAGAAAGCCUGCUGCCUUCUGUUGGAACCAAAGAGGCCAUAGUGCCCAUGGAGGUUUGGACUUAAGAGAUAUUCACUGGCAACUCAAGGACUUCCACCCUGAAGACCACACUGCACACAGUGACUUCCUGGAGAUGUCAUAGCCAAAGCCAGGCCCGAUGCAUUCUCGUAUCCAACCCAAGGACCUUUUGGAAUGACUGAGGAGGGCUGCAGUCAUACUGAUGUAAGGACUCUGAACAUCAGCAAGGCUUUAUAAUUCCUUCUGCCUAACCUUGUAAAAAGGGGGCUACAUCCUUGUUGGUAGCAUGUACUCUGUUGAGUAAUACACAUAUUCAAAUUCCGUAUACCAAAAUCCAUUUCCUUUGUAACAAGAAUUUACCUAUAACUGUGAUCUAGGUUGCCAAAAGUUGUCUGAAUCUCCUUAUUCUUCUCUGAUCUUCAUUUAUGCAGCCAAUGUCUAUCUGGACCUGCCCUCAUCUUGCAGUUCAUACAGGCACUGUUUGAGAAAUUGUUUAUUAUUAGAUGUUGUAAUGCUCUUUCAAGAUUCUUCAUGGUUACAUGGGAUGCCCCUGCUCAUCUGGUCCUGAAGUAGUAACAUUCACCCAAAUGAGGAUGUAGUCAUUAUUCCUUUCCAGUCACUGUAUGAACAAGGCCUACACAGUAGACUGUGUAGGUAAAUUCCAAUAUUGAGACAGAGAUUUAUUUCAUUUUGCUCCCAAAGGCACUGACAACAUGAGUCCUUGUGAUUAGCCCCACCUGAUCAAAUGUAAAAACAUGCAUGGGAUAUUUGAUUACGUAACAACCAUCUAAAACUGAGAGCACACAGCCUUCAGAAACCCCCAAGGUGUCAAGGGGGAUCAGAUCCAGAUAAGAGAAGAUGAUUCCUUCUAGUCCUGUAAAAUUUCCUGUCAUCCUUAGCUGCUGGGUUGAUUGAAAUUUGAUCUCUACAUUUCAAAAUCAAACCAGUGAAUACAGUUUGUCUUUCAAGAGAAUCAGAGGCAUCGUAACUCCUACCAAGUUAGUAAGUAUGAGUCUAACCUUGUUUGACAUUCAGCUCUUCUGCUACAUUAUCUUCUUUGAGAAAAAUUAAUUGAUUAUAAAAUAUGUGCUAGUUCACUUACAUUAUUAAAUAUGUAUUAUUAAAUAUGUAUUAUUAAAUAUGUAUUAACGCCUCUCACCAGGGCUUCCAGUGAAGUUACAAUGCCCUAGUCUGUGAAUUAGUCUGGAAACGUGUUUUUCCUUUUCCAAUGUUAGAGUACCCUUUGAUAAACUAAAUUUUACUAAGCAGAACAACUCUGACAGUCUAAAGAGCUAAUGUGGGUUCCCAAAAGGCCUGUACCUGUAAAACAAAAUGCAGGUGUAAUGAUUAUACAUGUCUAUGGAUUACCUGGACAGACUCUCAUUUGGGUUCUUCUUCAAAGAAGCAAGCAGCCAAUCCCUGUUUUCAUAAAGCUAAUACUUCAGUUGGAAAAAUUAAACAGGAACACAAAGUCAGGGAUAGGGGUUAGCAGAAGAGAGAAACAGCGUCACAUCAAGGGCAGGAUCUCAUAGCUAGGGAACGUUUCACAAAUAAGGUGAGAUUUUGUAACCAAUAAUAAAAAUGAAUGUUUUUAUAAGUAAAUAACUUGUUUUUCAUAUGGCUAAAGAUGGUAAAAUGACUUCAUUCUAUAGCCAUUGUAAAUAAGAAUUUGCUAUUGAUGAAAGAAGUUCAGAUUGGCAUUUGAAGUAUUGAGUGUAUGAGAUCUCUAAGGAUUUCUUAGAUUUUAUAUUUAAAUAUUUUUUAAACCUUAGAGGAGUCAACAAACUGGCUCUUGAUUUUCAGCACCCUACUCUCAUCAAAAAAGCCUGGAAGGACCCUUUCCCUUAUAAGUAAUUUAAUCCAAUUUCUCCCCAUUUUAUAGAUGAGGAAACUGAGGCUCAUAUCAGAUGAGGACUCACUUAAAUCCACUCAAUAUGUAGAUGGUAGAGCUGGGACUAGCAACAUUGCUGCAGCCUAUUGUUGGCCUCUCUCUUCAUUUUAUCAUUAUCAUUGCCCAGGAAUGAGGAUAUGCAGUAAACAGAAUUCAGGCAAGAUACCUCUAAGCUGUUUUUGAACCCUCUGAUAUUUUGUAUUUAUGUUUGUCUGUCUCCCCCUACUAGAAUGUAAGCUCCAUGGGGCAGGGACUUCACUGUAUUUUGUUCAUAGUGUAUCCCCAGAGCCUGGACCAGUGCUUGGCACAUAGGAGAUGUCAGUAAAUGCUUGUAGAAUUAAUAAACAAGGUGAAGGAGAGAGCUAAUGAAAUGAAAAUCUUAGUCUCAUAUAAGAAGUCUUACUACUGCUUUCUAUGGCAAGUUCCUUUUCUAUUGCAUCUUCCCAAAGGCAAGAUGCUCAUCUGCAAAGAGGUGAUAAGAUUUACUUGGAGGGAUUUUAUGGAAAAUUCAGUGCAAUAAUUGCUUUUUUUUUUUUGCAGUAGCAGUUUACAUAGUACAGCAUUCUGCAAAAAUUGCAUGAAAUGUGGACACAAGAUGUACUGUAUGACUUCAUUACCUGUCAUUCUCUGACACCAUUACUACCUACUAGAAGUUCAAAUAAUUUAACUUUAACAUUGCAAUAUCUGAUAAACCUUUUAAAAUGUAAAUAACUCAAAGCCUUGAAAAUCUAUCAUGAAUCUGCUCAACAUUUCAAAGUGACUAUUUUGAAAUGCCUAUAAAUGCUAUAUACCUGACAUCUUGCUGAUUUCUGUAAUAAUUUUUGUUUUCAAGAGGGAACAAUUCUAGUAUUACAAAAAAUGAAUGAUGGAAAGUGGCCAUGGUCUGUUAAAGCUAUUCAGAUUGGCCUUAGCAUAGCAAGUCUGGUGCAGGCGUUUGUUCUGAAUCUAGUGUCCAGCCCAUGACUCACCCUUCAGUGGGAUGUUUUUAAUUCUCACCUGUAAUGCAUCACAGGGAGGCAUGUAGAGCUGGUCAUUAGAUAAUUGUGUGGCAUACUGUAAAACAAAGUGUUUAUUUUCAAAGCACCUUUGAAAGGAAAUUUUGUCUAUAAGUGCUCAAAAUAUGGACAGUUAAUUUCUUAUGUAAGAACUUGGGAAAUUAUAAUAUCAUGAAUUAAUACUUUUCCAGACAAAAACAACAAGCUGAGAAGUCAUUUUGCAGAUAUAAGACUAGGAAAAAUAGAUUUUAUGUAUAUAGAGCCUGAACUUUUUCUGCAUAUCCUCAUUUCUUUUUUUUUUUUUCUUUUUCUUUCUUUUCUUUUCUUUUUUCUUUCUUUUUUUUUUUUUUUUUUUUUGAGACUGGGUCUUGCUCUGUGGCCCAGGCUGGCAGUGGUGUGAUCUCAGCUCACUGCAACCUCUCUGCCUCCUGGGCUGAAGCCAUUCUCCCACCUCAGCCUCCUGAGUAGAUGGGACUACCAGUGCAUGCCACCACACCCAGCUAAUUUUCAUGUUAUUUGUACAGAUAGCAUUUUUCCGUGUUGCCUAAGCUAGUCUUGAACCCCUAAGCUCAAGCAAUCCACCUGCUUCAGCCUCCCAAUGCCAGGUGGGCGGAUUGCUUGAGCUCCCUCCCCUGUGCUGGGAUUGCAGGCAUGAGCCACCGCACUGGCCUCCUCAUUCCUUAUUCCUUCAAUCUCUGUCCCCUACCAUAGCACCUUAUUAUUAUGUAAAAAUUAUUUCAAAAGACAAGAAAAAGUAUCUUGGAAAAAAAAUUAGGCCUUAUAUUAGUCUGCUCAGGCUGCCAAAACAAGAUGCCCUAGACUGGGUGGCUUAAACAACAGAAGUUUAUUUUCUGACACUUCCGGAGACAGGAAGUUGGAAAUCAAGGUGCCUUUAUGGUAGAUUUCUGGUGAGGACUCUUCCUGGCUUGUUGGCCACCUUCUCACUGUGUGCUCACGUGGUCUGUUUGUGUGAGCACAGGAGGCAGAGGGCAAGCUCUCUGGUGUCUCUUCUUCCAAGGCCACUAAUCCCAUAAUGAGCACCCUACUCUCAUGACAUCAUCUAAUCCAAAUUACUUCCCAAAGGCCCCAUUUCCAAAUACCAUCACAUCAGAGAUAAGGGCUUCAUAUGAGCUGGGAGGGAAGACACAAACAUCAUUCAGUCUAUAAUAAAUAUUCACUUAACUCAUACUUUAAAGUGACUGACAAAAUACAAUUUUUUCACACAGGUCAUUGUUCUUUUUAACUUGCCUGAUCUGAUGUGGCACCUGAGCAUUUUCUGGUACCUGUCACCCUCCGUAGCAGGGGUGACAAAGACCUGUCAUGUCUCCUUAGUCCUUUACUAUUUCUUAUACAAAAGGAGCAAAUGCUAAAGGAUUUUAAGUGUGCUUAGUAUAUAUUUGUAUUUCCUUGGACUAUUCAUUGAGGUCAACUGCUACUGGAAGUUUGGUGAUCUAAAAUGAGUUUACCUAGGCCUAGGCCUUGAGAAAUUCUUGAAUCUAGAAAUCCACUGGAAAAGGAAUUCAUCCGCCUCUAUGAAUAGGAUGCAAGUAGAAGAAUCAAUAGAUUUGCAUUUUUUUAAAAGGGGGCAAGUAUCAUAAUAUGAUUCUUACUGUCAAUUUAAUUCAUAUGUAAGAUGUUCCUCAUUUUCACUUGAGAUUGGAAGGAUUCAUUAAAGGAGUCAAAAAUUCCCAGCUUUAUUUUAUAGGUUAUUUUAUUUUUCCUUUAUACCAUUCAUAAUUUUUAAUUUAAAAGUAAUCAAACACUGGAUAAAUGAAAAUCUAUCACACUAAUCAUUUUAUUUUAUUUUAUUUUAUUUUAUUUUAUUAUUUUAUUUUAUUUUUUUGAGAUAAAGUUUCACUCUUGUCACCCAGGCUGGAGUGCAGUAGUACAAUCUUGGCUCACUGCAACCUCCGCUUCCUGGGUUCAAGGCAUUCUCCUGCCUCAGCCUCCCGAGUAGCUGGGAUUACAGGUGCCUGCCACCACACCUGGCUAAUUUUGUUGUUGUUGUUGUUUGUUUGUAUUUUUAGUAGAGACGGGGUUUCAUAAUAUUGGCCAGGCUGGUCUCGAACUCCUGACCCCAGGUGAUCCACCUGCCUCGGCCUCCCAAAGUGCUGGGAUUACAGGCAUGAGCCACUGUGCCUGGCCACACUAAUCAUUUUAAACCUUUAAGUUUUAAAAUUAGGUUGAAUGGUAGUCCAACCAAAACAUGGGCUCAAUCACUCUUCCCUAUUUCCAGGCAACUAUCAUUCUUCACUUUAUUCUAGAUAAGUGCAUUUAAGUGAAUGUCAUCCUAGCUCUGUGUAAUGCUAAGAAAUACAACAUCAUACCCUCACAAUGUGUAUUCCACUUGGAUUCUUCACAUAAAAUGGACUAGACCAACAGCACUGAUGCUCUGCAUUUUAAAAAUUCAUACCAAAUUAUUGCAGUUGGAGCACACACACACUCUGACACAAAAAGCGAAUAUUGGAUGAUGAACAUCCAUUCAGAAUAUCCAGAUAUUCGGGAGAGAACUGGAGCUCAUAGCCUUCCCUCUAGGGCAGGUUUGGCAAACUAAGUCUGGGCCUCCUGUUUUUGUAAAUAAAAUGUUAUUGAAACACAGCCACAGCCAUUCAUUUAUAUGCCCUCAUGAUUGUAUGAUCCAUAAAUCCUAAAAUAUUACUAUCAUUAAGACAAAACUUGCUGAUCCUUCCUACAGAAAGCAGAAGAUACCCAGACAGGGUACCUCAAUCAGGCAGAUUUGGAGGAGUUUUAAUCUCCUCCAUCAGCAGAGUUUUCAAUUCUCCCUAUCCCAGGCCCCAACAGUUUACAAUGUGUUUAUUAUGAGAACAUAGCCAAAUCCUUUCAGGAAUUAAAAUUACAUGAUUUUUUGGUGCUGGAAAGAGAAGUGGUCGGCUAAAGCAGGUAUCUCCCAGACAAGCACUCAUCAACAUGCAUGGUGGAACAUCCUUGUAACUGAAGUGUAAUGCAUAUGAGGAGGGAUAGGCCUAAGUGUUUGUAUUUAUAAUUGGAAUUGUGAAAUCAAGAAACUUGGUUUCCCUGAAUUUUCCUUCUGUGAAGUGUUGGAAAUGAUACAUGUAUCCGUUCGUAGCUUCACAGUCAAUGCUUUCUAUAUCCCUUAACUACUUUUUCUUUAAAUAUCAAUUAAUUGAGCAAUUAAAAGUAUGAAAUCA